GGAGGAGUGGGGACCGGGCGGGGGGUGGAGGAAGAGGCCUCGCGCAGAGGAGGGAGCAAUUGAAUUUCAAACACAAACAACUGCACGAGCGCGCACCCACCGCGCCGGAGCUUUGACCCGAUCCACGCCCGCCCUGUCCGUGUGGCGCGCGGGCGGAGUCGCCGUGGCAGCGCCGGAGCUCGGGCCGGGGGCCACCAUCGAGGCGGGGGCCGCGCGAGGGCCGGAGCGGAGCGGCGCCGCCACCGCCGCACGCGCAAACUUGGGCUCGCGCUUCCCGGCCCGGCGCGGAGCCCGGGGCGCCCGGAGCCCCGCCAUGUCGCGAUCCAACCGGCAGAAGGAGUACAAAUGCGGGGACCUGGUGUUCGCCAAGAUGAAGGGCUACCCACACUGGCCGGCCCGGGUGAGCUGCGCGGCCCGCCGCCCCCAACCCCCUGCGGGCUUGGGUUGCAUAACACCGGGAAGGGCACGAGCGCUCCGCGCGGCGCGGGCAGAGAUUGACGAGAUGCCCGAGGCUGCCAUGAAAUCAACAGCCAACAAAUACCAAGUCUUUUUUUUCGGGACCCACGAGACGGCAUUCCUGGGCCCCAAAGACCUCUUCCCUUACGAGGAAUCCAAGGAGAAGUUUGGCAAGCCCAACAAGAGGAAAGGGUUCAGCGAGGGGCUGUGGGAGAUCGAGAACAACCCUACCGUCAAGGCUUCCGGCUAUCAGUCCUCCCAGAAAAAGAGCUGUGUGGAAGAGCCUGAACCCGAGCCCGAAGCCACAGAGGGUGACGGUGAUAAGAAGGGGAAUGCAGAGGGCAGCAGCGACGAGGAAGGGAAGCUGGUCAUUGAUGAGCCAGCCAAGGAGAAGAACGAGAAGGGAGCGCUAAAGAGGAGAGCAGGGGACUUGCUGGAGGACUCUCCUAAACGUCCCAAGGAGGCAGAAAACCCUGAAGGAGAGGAGAAGGAGGCAGCCACCUUAGAGGGCGAGAGGCCCCUUCCUAUGGAGGUGGAAAAGAAUAGCACCCCCUCUGAGCCCGGCUCUGGCCGGGGGCUUCCCCAAGAGGAAGAAGAAGAGGAGGAGGAAGAGGAAGAGGCUGCCAAGGAAGAUGCUGAGGCCCCAGGCAUCAGAGAUCAUGAGAGCCUGUAGCCACCAAUGUUUCAAGAGGAGCCCCCACCCUGUUCCUGCUGCUGUCUGGGUGCUACUGGGGAAACUGGCCAUGGCCUGCAAACUGGGAACCCCUUUCCCACCCCAACCUGCUCUCCUCUUCCACUCACUUUUCCCACUCCAAGCCCAGCCCAUGGAGAUUGACCUGGAUGGGGCGGACCACCUGGCCCUCACCUCUAGGUCCCCAUUCUCCUAUGAUCUGAGUCAGAGCCAUGUCUUCUCCCUGGAAUGAGAUGAGGCCAUUGUGUUCCUUCCGCUUGGAGCUAUUUUCCAGGCUUCUGCUGGGGCCUGGGACAACUGUUCCCACCUCCUGACACCCUUCUCCCACUCUCCUAGGCAUUCUGGAACUCUGGGUUUGGAUCAGAGGUAGGAAUGGAAAAGAUGGAGCAUAAACAGCAGGGUGGGCUUGUGGGGCCUGGGAGGGGCAAUCCUCAAAUGGGGCAUAGGGACAGCACAGGAGGGCAGCCUCCUCCUGAGCUCCUGUCCCCUGCUACACCUAUUAUCCCAGCUGCCUAGAUUCAGGGAAAGUGGAACAGCUUGUAGGGGAGGGGCUCCUUUCCAUAAAUCCUUGAUGAUUAGCAACACCCAUUUUCCCUUUUGCCGACCCAAGAGUUUUGGGAGUUGUACUUAAUCAUCAAAAGACUUUGGGGCUUCCUAGUUGUUUGGGCCAAGGACCUGAGACCUGAAGGGUUGACUUUACCCAUUUGGGUGUGAGUAUUGAGCAUCUGUCCCCCUUUAGAUCUCUGAAGCCAGAAAUGGGAUGCUUGGGAAGACCCCUAGCUGUCCUUUUCCCCCUCCGCACAGUGCUCAAGGCCAGCUCAUAGUCAUAUAUUUCACCCAGACAUAAAAGAAAAGACACAUUUUUUAGGAAAUGUUUUUAAUAAAAGAAAACUACAAAAAAAAAUUUUAAAGACCCCUAACCCUUUGUGUGCUCCCCAUUCUGCUCCUUCCUUCCCCAUUGUUGCCCCCAUUUCUGAGGUGCGCUGGGAGGCUCCCCUUCUACUUGGGGCUUGAUGACUUUCUUUUUGUAGCUGGGGCUUUGGUGUUCCUUCCAGUGUCAUUUCUCAUCUACAUACCCUGACCUGGCCCCCUCAGUGUUGUCACCAGAUCUGAUUUGUAACCCACUGAGAGGACAGAGAGAAAUAAGUGCCCUCUCCCACCCUCUUCCUACUGGUCUCUCUAUGCCUCUCUACAGUCUCGUCUCUUUUACCCUGGCCCCUCUCCCUUGGGCUCUGAUGAAAAAUUGCUGACUGUAGCUUUGGAAGUUUAGCUCUGAGAACCGUAGAUGAUUUGAGUUCUAGGAAAAUAAAACCCGUUGAUUACUA